GGUAUAAGACCUUCUGCUGCGAAUGGAGCACCCGUCACGUCAACAGGCUGCCCCUCGCUCGAUGCAGUCCUCUCUGGCCAUGGCGGCCUACCCACCGGCUCACUCUUUUUCAUUGAGGAAAGUGGGACCACUGACUUUGCGAGUGUCUUGCUACGCUACUUUGCUGCUGAGGGACUUCUUCAGGGCCAUACAGUCUGGCUCGGGGGCGGCUUGCCGGAAUCCUGGUUCAGAUCUCUGCCACUCGUCACAGACAAAUCAAGCAGCACAGAGAGUAGUGCAUCCUCGCGCAAUGCCGCAAGCAGUGCAGCUGAACAAGAACGCAUGAAGAUUGCAUGGCGUUAUCAAUCGCUCCCUGACUUUGGCUCUGGUGUCCGCGAACGACCGCCAACCACUUCACAAGAAACUCAACCAGGCUCAGCGAAAGACCUUUACUGCCAUGCCUAUGACCUGACGAAGCGUCUGACGCUUGCACCAGAGAUGCAAUAUACAGUUUCGCCGUCCUGUGCACCCUCUUCAGCGACUGGCAGUGCUGAUCCAUUCGCGCCGCUCCUCGCUUCACUUAUCCAAACACUCACUGAAACGACAGGCUUCAUUCGAGCAGUCAUUCCAUUCCUCCUUUCUCCAGCGCUCUACCCACCAGGAGCAUCUCAACCGCGGCAUUUCAUCCGGUUCCUCAAUAACUUGCGACUCGUCUGUCGUCAAUACCCACAUCGCAUAGCCAUCAUGGCGACGUUACCGUUAGAUUUGUAUCCACGCAACACAAGCAUGACGACGUGGGCAGAGAUCUUAUCAGACGGCGUCUUGGAACUCACGCCACUUCCAAGUCCUACUUCAGAUGUAACAGCACUAGAAACGUCUUCUAUGAGUAUGGCAGGUGAUCCGACAGGCCCGCAAGGAUUAUUGAAACUCAUCAAGAUCCCUCAGCUCGAGAGAUGGUCUGCCGGGAGUGAAGUCGAUCUUGCCUUUAAAGUGACACGGAAACGCUUCUCCAUCGAAGCAUGGAGUUUGCCUGCACUAGGCGAAGAGGAA